GUGAAAGGCGAGUGCUAAAACGCUCACCGCGCGCUCUGGAACUCCACAAUAGAAUCAAUUGAUUGGAGUAGGCAGUAGGCGGAACCUAAACCCACUCGACAUCCCACUUUUCAACAGAUUAUGAGGACAAUUUACUGGCGAACACAUGACAUUUAUUCAACAUUUGAGAAGGGAACACUGUUCACACAGAAAAUGUAUAACUGUAACUAAGAGAAGAGAAGCCACACGACGAACGAGACUGAGAAGCCGUGGAGGUCAAUAUAUCUGUGGAGAUAUUUGGAGUUCACCAAAGCACACUUCUCUCCUCUCUGACUGCUGAAGGGAGAGAAAGGAGAAGCUUGCUCAGCACACGCUAAACACCACACGUCUAACACACACACACCUGGAGAUGAGUGAGGAGAAGGCAGCAGAGACCAUGGACCCUCCUCCCCCAGCAGAGGUGAACCCUAUACCCAACGGUAAAGGCCAUGAGCCUGGGGAGGAGACCACAACAGCCUCCAAAACACCUCCGGCCGAGGACACAGCCCAGCAGGAAAUUGUACCCAAUACUGCCCAAAAUGCCACCCCCCAGAGAGGGGAGGAUGCUGAGGCCACGCUGGCGGAGAGUCAAGAGUUCCUGUCAGCCGUGGAGGACAAGAAGACCCCCCGCUUCACAGACUUUGAGGGGAAGACCUCCUUCGGGAUGUCUGUGUUCAACUUGGGCAACGCAAUCAUGGGCAGUGGAAUUCUGGGAUUGGCGUACGCAAUGGCCAACACAGGGAUAGUCCUGUUCCUGAUUCUCCUGACAGCCGUGGCAGGCCUCUCAUCGUACUCCAUUCACCUACUGCUCAAGUCCUCUGGCAUUGUGGGUAUCAGGGCUUAUGAGCAGCUGGGCUACAGAGCGUUUGGGACGCCAGGCAAGAUGGCCGCCGGCAUUGCCAUCACACUGCAAAACAUUGGAGCCAUGUCCAGUUACUUGUACAUCGUCAAGUAUGAGUUCCCUCUGGUCAUCCAGGCUUUUCUGGGGGUGGAUAAGCCUUCAGGUGAGUGGUUCAUGAAUGGGAACUACCUGGUGAUCAUGGUGUCCAUUGCCAUCAUCCUGCCCCUGGCACUGAUGAAGCAGCUGGGGUACCUGGGAUACACUAGUGGUUUUUCUCUCAGCUGUAUGGUUUUCUUCCUCAUUGCGGUAAUCUAUAAGAAGUUCCAGGUGCCCUGCCCAUUUUCAGACUACAGCCAUAACAGCACUAACAAUAACAUCAGUGCUGUGGAUAUGAAUGACCCUGCCUGUGUUCCUCGCAUGGUCAAUCUCAACCCUCAGACGGCCUACACAGUGCCCAUUCUGGCGUUUGCCUUCGUGUGCCACCCUGAGGUCCUGCCCAUCUACACUGAACUGCGCAACCCCACCAAGAAAAAGAUGCAGCAUGUGUCCAACAUCUCCAUUGCUGUCAUGUACACCAUGUACUUCCUGGCUGCUCUGUUUGGAUACCUGACCUUCUAUGGUGAGGUGGAGCCAGAGCUGCUUCACACCUACAGCAGGAUUGACCCCUACGACACCCUGAUCUUGUGUGUGCGUCUGGCCGUGCUCACGGCCGUCACUCUUACCGUCCCCAUUGUGCUUUUCCCUGUGAGGAGAGCCCUGCAGCAGAUGCUGUUCCCCAACAAGACGUUCAACUGGCCCCGCCACAUCGCUAUCGCUGUCUGUCUACUCACCUGCAUCAACUUGCUAGUCAUCUUUGCCCCCAACAUCCUGGGCAUCUUUGGCAUCAUUGGUGCCACGUCGGCCCCCUGCCUCAUCUUCAUCUUCCCUGCUGUGUUCUAUAUCCGCAUCGUACCCAAAGAGGAGGAGCCCAUGCGCUCAGCCCCCAAAAUCAUGGCUGCCUGCUUUGCUGGAAUAGGUGUCCUGUUUAUGGUAAUGAGCCUCAGCUUUAUCCUCAUUGAUUGGACGUCAGGGAGCAGUAAAGCAGCCAAGGGUCACUAAAUUCCACAGUCUACUGUAUGAAUUCGUUUUUGUAUUGAUGUAAAUCUAGAUAUGUAAAUGUAUAUUUUCUGUUGUUGUUUCGGAUAAUAAUAUUAGAAGAUUUAGUAGCUGCUCCAAUAGAAAGUGUCGACCACAGUGUCUGGCGAAUGAGAGAGCUCAGUCUUCUGGAUGGACUCCCACUCAGAUGACACACAUUCAUACCCACCACAGCCAAACAGUGUGAGGAGGUCCAAGCCAAUAGACUUUAUACCUAUAUAGCCAAUAUACCUCCCCUACCCCCAAAUAGCCAUUGUGUAUGAUCUACUAACCACUGUAUGGACUGGGAGUAUAAACAGAACAAAAACAUUUAAGACAUUCCUGGUAUCCUGGUAGCAUUCUUUAACGAAAAUUGAAGAAAGACAUGAUGAGAAUUGCACAGUACAUGGGGUGUUUUUAGUCUGCUGUGUUAAGUUAUUGAUGUAAUUAGGUCAGUGGUUCUCAGUCCUGGUCCUUGUGCCCCCCUGCCCUGCAUGUUUUAGAUGUUUCCCUGCUCCAACACACCUGAUUCAAAUGGAUGGUUCGUUAUCUGGCUUCUGCUGAGCUUGAUAACGACCCAUUCAUUUAUAUCAGGUGUGUUGGAGCAGGGAAACGUUUAAAACAUGCAGGGGAGGGGGGCACAAGGACCAGGAUUUAGAACCACUGAAUUGGGUCAAGACAAUAUUCUGUGCAAUAGCAGAGGUAAUGUGGCAUUGAACAUGAUUGGACAGAGUGCAGUUACUGUGGUAACGCAGCUCUUUGGCCACUCCUCCUGUGACACAUGCUGUUGCUUCCCAUUCUUUUUGUCUGAUUAUUAAGCAGAGGACACAAACCAAGAGCAUGUAUGCCAAUGUGCUGUCCAGACAAUUAGUUUGACCCAACAUAUUACAGCACAGAUGUAUUUUUAAUUGUUCUACUUGACAUGUCUAGAGUUAGAGCAUCAAAACAAUAUUUUGUGUUUUAUUGAUGCUCUUGCUGAACCAGUAAUGAAUAGUUUAUUCACUGUUUCUGGCAUCUGGAUUCAUUGUGGUUCAGAGCACAGCUUUCUAAACUGGAAGGCAAACCCACCUAUGAUCUGUCUCCUAAGGGAUUAUUUAUGACAUAGAAAGUUGUUCUAUAGAUAGGUGUCUUGUUGAGUUGUUUCUGGACGUUUACUGAAAAUAAUCAGAGAUAGCCAAAAAUAAUUUAAAAAACACAGGGUCACUGUAUUAAGAAGAUAAUCAUGGAUUGUAUGUGUAAUUGUUGAUAUUUCCAGGACUUUACAUGUCCCUAACUGAAGUAUAGAGUAGCACUAAUAGACAGGGUACAGGGUGCCACUGGUGUCUCUUUAACAACCCAAACAAGGUGGUUAGCUGUAGCACUUUCAGCUGAUAAGCACAACUUCUCCCAGUAGUCAUUAAUCAAUUGGCUUGCUAAUUAUUUCUUUGUUACUCAUCUAUAUUUUCUAAAUAAUAUUUUGAGGGGAUUCCCUUUAUAACACUAAUGUCAAUCUCUAAAGAGGUGUCUUAAUCGUAGUCAAAAUCUAAAUUGCUAAAUAAUAUGUAUUUAAGGUCUAACAUGGUACAAGGAUGUUUCCUCCAACUACUUGAAGUUCUCUUUCCUGUACUCUUGUCUGCCCUGUGUUCUAUUUUGCAGCCCUGUAAUGAUUUGAGUGUAAACAAAUAAACAUAACUAAAUCUCUUUCUCUCCCAUAUGGAGAGAACAAAACUAAUUCAGUGGAUGUACUGUAAGGAUUGUAAGUGUCUGUGUUGUUUUUAAGAAACAUGACUAAACUGUAUUUGAAUUGUGGUACUUCAAUACAUACACACAUACAUGUAAGCCUAAAGCACCAACAUAAAAUAAUGGCCCAUUAUUGAAUAUACUAAAAUAUAAAUUCAUCAUUUAAUCAUACAUAUAUAUAUGAUCAAUAGAUAUUUUAAAUAACUAAAAAGGAUCAGUAAUAGGCCAUUAUUUUUAUGUUGUUUUAGUCUUUCAAGUUCUUGAAUCUUGUUGAAUCAGAGUGGGUGAAAAAAAGUAAAUAAUCUUUUGAUAGUGUCAUCAAACAAUAGUGAAUUACACAGUAGUUCAGGUCAUUUUUGAACAUCCCUGUUGCUGGUGUUGAGGACUACCAGAGUGGAAGCAACUGAGCUGCAUUCCUGUAUCUCCUAUUGUUUUUGUGAAGACUUGGGGAAGCGCACAUUAUGGGGUGUUCUGUACUGUUGUAUGAGUGUUGUGCCAUUGUUCCGUCCAACUUGUCAACACCUCCUCUGACAAUUGAUCAUGUUCUCAGAUAAAUGGCUGGUCUGCAUGUGCCAGUGUACAGGGAAAAGCAUCAGUAUCAGUCACCAUGGAAAUAACAAGCUGUUAUUAUUGUAUAUGGUGUCAAAUGGAUGUAUUGUAUUCUCUAUUAAAGAUGAAAAAAAUAAUUCAGGUGAUAUAUUUUCACACUGUUAUUCUUAUAAUAAUACAGUUAUGUCCCCCUGUGGUAAUGUAAGUCCAACGGGCAGUUGUAAAGUAGAAGUUGCAUUGUCAGAAAUAUGGUUAUUUGCUUGACACUGACACAACCCCCCACAUUAGCAUUCAGGGAGGACAUUGUGGAAGGGAUAUUGAAUGCUUCUCAUGACUGGCAACUCAAACACAUUUCUCUGUGUGAUUCAUUGCCCUGUGUGAUUUAUUGAAAUCUGUAUGAGUGAAUAACAACAUAUUAAAUAUUGACUUUAACCAGCAUUUAUACAUAAUGUAUAUAAUUGUAAACCCUUUAUAUCUAUAUGCAUAUCUAGUUUGUAUAAUGUAAAUAGCAGGUACGGUUUUAGUCAGAUUAAAAAACAUAAAUGUAAUCAUUUUAAAAGUGCUUUUAAACCCUUUUGCCCUUCAAUUGAUGUCUUUAUUUUUAUGUAUCUCUCUAUAUUUGAAUACAUUGUGAGCAGUCAGAAAACAAUGUUGCAAUAAAUAUAUCAAAUAACA